AUGCAAGGUUCUCAUGUGAUACAAGCACAUGGGAUAGUUCCUGUGCAGCUCAGAAACAAUGCGCAGUCAUUGCGGCAAGGGCAUGUCGGCUUGCGGUCUGUUCAGGGCUCUGCAGAAGGACCAAGCACCAGAAACUUUGAAGCUCUGAACAGGCUAUAUUCAGGAGGAGCGGCUGGUAAACAGAAAGCUCCUUCUCUUCCCAACGCACUGUUUGUAUUCGUGGCGGUCGUUGGCAUCGUUCUUGACUCGCUGCUCCCUCCUUCUGGUCAAACUUCUUUCAUGAUGCCCCUGGCGCUCCCGAGGAGAAAACCUUUCUUCGACGGCUGGUUCAUCCGGAUCACCGACCUUGCCAUGAAAACAUCUUGUUCUCUCAUUGUGGGCUCGAUGAGAAGAUCAGGAUCCGAGAGCUUCAACGAGCACUACGUGUCAAUCUCCUUCAGCUCCCCUCGGUUCGGAAGGAAAGGGCACAAGCCGUACGAGCUUCAGUCCUUUCACCAUGUCUCGACACAGGAGGAGGUCUCAAUCCUCUUUGACGAGAGGAAGAUGAGCGGGUUCGAGAACGAGAUCGAUUGGAGAGCACCGGCAGCAGGUCGAUGCUCCUCCUUCUCAUGGGAAAGUAAAGAAUGCGGGUCGAUGAGAUUCCUGGACGGAGGAGCGCGGGUGGAGGUAGACAUGAGGCUGCGCAACGAGAGGAACGAGGUCAUCGAGCUCAGGGCGAAGCUGCGGCAGCCGAAGCCGUGGGGGUAUGCGAGAGUGCGGGGAGAACGACUCGAGAUCCAUUCACGUCCCUCCCUCACGAGCAGGAAGAACGAGGCGGGCCCUGAGGGAUGGCUGGGCAGGACGCCUCUGCUGCCCUGCCGCUACUUCGUGCAGUCGCUGGGAUCCGAGUGCUCGUACACGCUCAGAAGACGAUGCGGCGGGAUGGGAAACUCCUCGAGGGUUUAUCACCUCGCCGACGUCUGCGUCUCCGGAGGUGGCUUCGCUCACGUGGAGACCAACUACGGCGCCGCGUUCCCCUCCGGGCACGAAGAGAGGAAAGUGCUGACGGGCCCUCCACAGGUCAUCGGGCCUGAGAACCGAGUAGCUCUCCUGGUCACUGGCGGGAAGUUCAAGAUCGGGGGACUGACUCCUCUCACUUGGAUCGUUGCGUUCCGCGUAUCGAACACGUCCUUCAACUUCCGCACCACCGACCUCCAUCAGGUGAAAGCGAGGUUUAGCUGCUCCAAGAGGACUUUCUCUCUCGAGGCUUUCAACCCCUUCAGUCCGCUCCUCCUCUCUCGAUCGCGUUUUCACCUGACGGCUCUUUCAGCUGGGGACUUCGUCCAGAUUGAGGCAAACGACGCGAACAUGAAUCAGGACGAGCAGAACGUCUGGGUCCCAACCUUGCAAGGGUUCACCAACAAGCCAGGAUGCUCCGAGUCCUUCGCCGCCACUGUUCGGGUCCGAGCAUGGAAAGGACGGCACUUGCAACGCAGAAACGAGGACGCUCCUGACUUUGACGAGUCUCUUCGCCUCGCUGCUUUAGAGUUCGGCGGAGAGUUCCAGCAAGACUCCAGUUCCUCGUAA